AUGGCGAAUUCGGUCAGCGAGGAAAUGCAAAGAAUAAAAAAUAUAAUCAGUAGAAUGAGAACGGAAACUGACAUUAAGGUUAACGAAGAGCUCAUAGAUUCGGUUACAAAACCUGGCGAAAAUUGGGUUGGAGAAAUUUACAGUGUUAAGGCAAGUCGGUAUCAAUCCUCGGAAAAUCUUUUUUUAGUAAUAAAAAUUGCCCCCUAUGAUUUAACGUACAGGAAAAUGUUUAAUGCUGCCUCCUUGUUCCAACGUGAGAUAUACUACUAUGACAAGAUAAUACCGGAAUGCAUAGCAAUACAGCGAGAAAGACGCAUAGCAAAGAUCUUUCAUCCGUUCCCAAGGCACUACUUCUCGUCAAAGAAAGAUCUGGAGGAGGCUAUAGUGAUGGAUGAUAUGAGACAGAAGAGCUUCAUUGUCGGGAAUCACCGCCAGAUAGUGGAUUACGAAACCGCUCUUUUGGUUAUGAAGACCUUAGGAAAGUUUAAUGCAUUGUCGUUUGCAAUUAAAGAACACAAUCCGGACGUGUUUGAGGAAAUAAGGUUAAAUUGUGAAGACAACUUCUUGACAAGUCCGCCAUUGUAA